ACUGAGGUUAAUGUUUUUGAUGUAUUCAUUUGUGUAAAUCUUAUAGGUACCCAAAAUAUAUUGUAAUGAUAUUUUUCUUAUCAACGGGUUGAUUUUGAUUAUGUCCUAUUGUUAGUUUCGUUAUAAACUGCGAACUUAAUAAUAAAUACGAUGGAAGAAAAGUUAUAAAUGUAAAGGAACAAUGAAUUCCUCGGAAGAACAAGUUGUUACUUUGAGCGAGAUUUGCCGGGUAUGUCUAAUAAAAACUGAUAACAUGAGACACUUAUUAGAGCCAAGUGACGAAGUAAUACAAACGUUAACAAAAUUGUCAUCAGUUUCUAAUGUUGAGAUUGAAAUUAAUGAAAUUCUACCUUGCUUUCUAUGUAAUAGUUGUGAAGAAAAACUGAAAAUUUCAUAUGAAUUCCAACAGUUAUGUCAAAAAUCACAUAACUUUAUUUUAAAUUGUCUUUCGACAAGUUCUGUAAGUUGCAAGGUAAAUUCAUUUAAACCUCUUCAAUUUGAAAAUAACUCGGGAAAGUCUGGCAUACAAUCAGUAGAUAACAAUUCAGACGGUUUCAUCAGUUUCAUUGACAGUGACGGACUUGCAAAAAAGGCAUUAAUAUCUUAUUAUUCAGUACCUGAUAUAGACUUAAGUACCCACAAUGAUAAUGGUACACUAAAAGAGAAUCCAGAAAGUGAAUUAAAAAAUUGGGCACAAGUAGUAGUAAUUGAAAAUGUCAAAGAUGGCGACAAUGAUAACAGUGGUGCACAGAGAGAGAAUUCAGAAAAUGCAUUGGAAAGUUCCACACGAAAUGUUAAUGAAAACGUUGAAGGUGAUGGUUUGGUAGAAAGGAAUUCAGACAAUGCAACGGAAAAUAUAGAAGUUAAGAAAAUCGUAGUGAUACAUGAAAACAAUAAAAAGCCUGCUGAAGUGGAAAAGAGAACUAAAUAUAACCAAACAAUGAGACUAUCACAGUUUUCGCGGGAAGAUGUAGAGAAGAUCAUUGAAGAAUUUAGAGAAAAAUGUAUGAAGCACGUUAACUGUAAGCAUUGUGGUUUUAUAGCGAAAGAUUCUAGAGCCCUUUCUGCACACAUGACACGACUGCACAAAGAAAUGAAGGAGCAUUGGUGUUUUUGGUGUAACGAUAAUUUCGAUAACCUACAAGAGCACAACCGAACUGUUCACAAAGACAAUUUUAAAUGUCCUCUGUGCGGUAAAUACAAAACCAAUACUGGUCACUUCAUGGAGCAUUUAGCUAGUCACUGUACCGAACGGAGGCAUAUUUGUACAGUGUGUUGUAAAUGUUUUAUUUCACAGAGGCACUUACGAAUGCACCUCAAAAUCCAUACAAACCAAAAGCCGUACCGAUGUCCGGUUUGUUCGAAGGUCUUUACGUUGAUCACAAAGUUCAAUAAUCAUUUAAAAAUUCAUAAAAGUCAUAAGUGUAAGGUAUGUGAAGAACGUUUCCCAACCUUAGAGGAGUACAACGUACACAAAUGUUUCGCGAAGAGGGAGUCCGAAAAGGAUAUCGUUAACACUGCAGUCGAGGAGUUAGCGGAGUCUAAACAGACAAGUGAGAAGAUGCCGCAGAAUUUUUGCGAAACUUGCAAUAAGAGAGUCAGAAGUCUCCAGAAACAUAUCGCAAGCGUUCACUCCGAUUCUGUUGAUGUAAAAGAUAAUAAAAUAUUAAGGGCUCUUUGUCCUUACUGUGGAAAACAAUUUGUGACUGUUGCAAAAUUGACUGUACAUAUAAGGUAUCACACUGGAGAAAUGCCUUAUAAGUGUUCGUACUGUGAUAAAAGGGUGAGAACAAGGAUCCAACUAGUAAUGCACGAGAGAACCCAUACUGGCGAAAGGCCUUAUAAAUGUAAAUUCUGUGGGAAGGCUUUCGCCCAGUCCAGUGGUCUGAAAACCCAUUUGAAACGGCAUACGGGUAGGCCAGAGGAGUGCUUUAUGUGCCAUAAAAGGUUCUGUAGACCGUCGGAACUGAAACUACAUAUGAGGACACAUACAGGGGAAAAGCCCUUCGAAUGCAAGAUUUGUGGCCAACGAUUCACUCAGCAAAGUCGUCUAACGGAGCACAGCAGAAACCACACUAACGAAAGACCUUACAAAUGUGAUUAUUGUGAUAAAAGCUUCAAACAGUCUUCUACCCUGCGAUAUCAUACUAAUAUGCAUUUAGGUAGGAAACCCUACAAAUGCUCUCAGUGCCCAUACGAGAGCCGUCAGAGUCAUAAUCUGAAGCAGCACUUAUUGCAGCACGAGAAGGAACCUAAGGUUGAAAGAAUCCACGAAUGCGACAUAUGUUGUCAGAGUUUUAUAAAUCUCGAAAUGUAUUCGUUACAUUACGCUAACAAACAUGGGUCUAUAGUAGCAGCAGGCUUUGCUAAGGAAGAUCUAAUAGAACCGUCAACUGUAGAAGUUAUAGACCAUUUACACGAAUUUACCUAAAAUGAAGUAAACUUACUUCAUUUAUUGUAUAUGUGCACUAUUGUUAGAAA